UAGUCAACAAGAUGUUAAUGCAUCGCAUGAAACUGUUAACAGCAUCCGCUGGUACCUUGAUCUUUGCCAUCAUAUUCGGCUGGGUUAUAUUUCCACAGAUCUUAAAGUUUAUGAUUUCGAAGCAAGUCACGCUGAAGCCGGGCACGGACAUACGUGAUCUAUGGUCCGCUACGCCCUUUCCUCUACAUUUCUAUAUCUACGUGUUCAAUGUAACCAAUCCAGAAGAGGUUUCACAGGGCGCCAAGCCUAAAGUCCAAGAAAUCGGACCAUUUGUCUUCGACGAGUGGAAGGACAAAUACGACUUGGUCGAUGAUGUCGUCGAGGAUACGGUAUCCUAUAAUAUGCGCAACACUUUCAUAUUCAACGAAAAGGCCUCAAGCCCACUGACGGGCGAGGAAAUUAUCACAUUGCCACAUCCAUUGUUGCAGACCGUUGGAAUCACCGUGCAACGUGAGCGAGCGGCUAUGAUGGAACUGAUUGCCAAGGCGCUGACACUUGUUUUUCCCGAUGCAAAGGCUUUUCUCAGCGCCAAGUUUAUGGAUGUAUUUUUCCGUGGCAUCGAUGUGGAUUGCUCAUCGGAUGAGUUUGCUGCCAAGGCGCUGUGCACGGUCUUCUACACGGGCGAGGUGAAACAGGCCAAGCAGGUCAAUCAGACGCAUUUUCUCUUCUCAUUUCUGGGUCAGGCCAAUCACACGGAUGCCGGCCGUUUCACAGUCUGUCGCGGCGUCAAAAACAAUAAGAAACUGGGCAUGGUCGUCAAAUUUGCCGAUGAACCGGAAAUGGACAUGUGGCCGGGCGAUGAAUGCAAUCGUUUCAUUGGCACCGACUCGACAGUCUUUGCCCCGGGCAUGAAGCGCGAGCAGGGACUGUGGGCCUACACGCCGGACAUUUGCCGAUCAUUGGGCGCUGUCUAUCAACACAAGACAUCAUAUCAUGGCAUGCCCGCACUUAGAUAUACAUUGGAUAUGGGCGAUGUUAGUCUAGACGAAAAACUGCAUUGUUUCUGCGACGAUCCCGAGGACUUGACGACUUGCCCACCCAAAGGCACCAUGAAUCUGGCGCCUUGUGUGGGCGGUCCUCUAAUGGCUUCGAUGCCGCAUUUCUAUAAAGGAGAUCCCAAGCUGGUUCAAGAUGUAGAUGGACUCCAUCCCAAUGAGAAGGAUCAUGCAGUUUAUAUAGACUUUGAGCUGAUGUCGGGCACACCUUUUCAGGCGGCUAAGCGUUUGCAAUUUAAUCUGGAUGUGGAGCCCGUUGAGGGCGUUGAGCAAUUGAAACAUCUGCGAAAGCUUAUCAUGCCCAUGUUCUGGGUGGAGGAGGGCGUGCAGCUCAACAAAACCUACACAAAUUUGGUUAAAUAUACGCUGUUUCUUGGUCUCAAGUUCAAUUCCGGCCUGCGCUGGACUCUAAUUACGCUGUCCUUAGUUGGUCUUAUGUCUGCUGGCUACUUGUUUUAUCAGAAGUCGGAUACCCUGGACAUAACUCUGCCGCCCAAGAUAAUCAAGGAUACGAACAAGGUGGCCAACGAGCCGAGACCCGAGAAGCAACAGCAGCAGGCAAUGGCGCCAUCAACUGUGCCCAUACCAGGCGUUAAUCUGUCCAAUCCAAAAGUGGAGCAGAGGGAACGCUACUAACCGAGACUCACGUCAUCGUAAUUGCUGUCGUUAUUGUUUUCGUAUGUUAUAGUUGAAAGCACCUGUAGUCCAAUAAGCACGCGCUAAUAAAUGUGGCAGAGCCCAAUCAGCUGUUCAGUUGAGCCGUCAAACUGGUUUAGGCCUAGAUGGAUGCACUUGACAAACGUCUUCAAUGAUCGCUGAUCACUAAAGCCCAGACACGAGAUGAAUGACAACACUUUUGCACUCUCAUGACACCAUUAAUGUGCAACGAUCUUUGAAAUGGCACAGCGAUCAACGAUCGCGCAGUAACUGUACCCAUAAAA